AUGUUUAUCGAUCGACCUCCGAACGUAACACUGUGGUCCAGAUGNNNNUCCCUCAAGCCGGAGACGAUUGAUCAGGGUGAUCUUAUCGUCACCACUGGCUCUGGUGCUGAGGAUGGUGUUUCUGAGUAUCUCGUCCCCAAAGGCUUCCCUGCUGUUGCUGAUCCUACCUUAUGCAUUGCUAUGCGUGAUACCGCCAAGUCCCUCGGAUAUGAUAGGGUCUUCUUCGGUAUUACUGUAGCUCAGUCGGUGUUCUAUCCUAGUCCUGCUCGUGAGCAGAGUCUCGCUUCUUAUGCUGCUGCCGGUGCUAUCGGUGCCGAAAUGGAGAACUCCGCUCUAUUCAACGUUGCUUCAAUCAGAGGCAUUCGUGCUGCUGCUAUUUGCACAGUUGAUGGAAGCCCAUUGAAGUGGGAUGAGGGUGACUACGAUCCGCAUGGCACUAAGGUCGCUGAGGGUAAAGACCGUAUGCUCAGGACCGGUGUUACUGUUGCUAAGAGGAUUGUUCUUGAGAACCUUUAG